UAUGGCAACGCAGCUGUCCCAGCUAUGUCGCUGCAACCCGCCCCUGCAUCGCGGGUGUUCAUGGAACUGGUUCCCUGGGCUGACCGGGGCCGGGAAAACCACCCGAUCUCGGCCGCGGAGGCGCAACCGAUCGGCCGCCGCCCCCACGUCGCACAGGUCCAGCCCGGAGCCCGCGAGGUCCACGUGAGCGGCGCGGCCGAGGUGUCCGCCAGCCCCGACCGGGCGCUGGUGACCGUGCGGGUGAGCAGCACCAAGGAGUUGUCGGCCGAGGCCAAGAAGAGCGUGUGUCGCCGCCUGGACUACAUCACGCAGAGCCUCCAGCAGCAGGGUUUGCCGGCAGAAAAUGUAACUGUGACAAAGGAUAUUAGAAGAGUAGAAAAUGCAUAUCACAUGGAAGCUGAGGUCUGCAUUACAUUUACUGAAUUUGGAAAAAUGCAAAGUAUUUGUAACUUUCUGGUUGAAAAACUAGAUAGCUCCGUUGUCAUCAGCCCACCUGAGUUCUAUCACACACCAGGUUCUGUUGAGAAUCUUCGGCGGCAGGCCUGUCUGGUUGCUGUUGAGAAUGCAUGGCGCAAAGCUCAAGAAGUCUGUGACCUCAUUGGCCAAACUCUGGGAAAACCUUUACUAAUCAAAGAAGAAGAAACAAAGGACUGGGAAGGGCAAACGGAUGAUCAUCAGCUAUCCAGAUUGCCAGGCUCAUUAACUGUACAACAGAAAAUCAAAAAUGCAACCAUCCAUGCAGCUUCGAAGGUGUUCAUUACUUUUGAGGUAAAAGGAAAAGAGAAGAAAAAAAAGCAUCUUUAAAAUUAUAACUAAAACAUAAUGUGUCUGUACUUUUAAAUCUGUUUUUAUGCAUUUUACAGUGCUUCUUUCUGUCUCGGACUUACAUAUUGUAUGGUAUACUGAGCCUCAGUAAAAUCUGCCACUUUUUGAACAUAAUGCCACAGAAUAUAUAUGAUUACUUUCUAGUUUCCAGAACAUUCUGAGAAAUGCUGUAAGAAAUAAAUGUAUUGAAACAUACUUUUGUAUACUGAGAAUUUAUAUAUUGAAAAUAAAAUUAACAAAAAACCCAGUUCAUAUUGAAUUUUUACUUCGAAAAACAGAUUAAGUCAUGUCAUGCUUGUAUUUGUCUAGCUGUAUAAAACUGUAGAACCUGAGCUGCAUCUCAAGAAAAGCAUUGUUCAUGUUUCAUGAAGCAUGUUAAUAUUUUCCAUUUAAUCACAGUCUAUAUGCUUUUCUUUUAAAAUAUUUCACACAAUGUAUUUUAAUUAUAUCAUUUUCCCUCCUCCAACUCCUCAUAGGUUCUACCCCCUCCAUCUGUAGAAUCCAAAAUAAAUUCAAGACCACCCAGCCCCUUCCCCCUCUGAAGGGACUUUCCAAACUAUACAGGCAGGCCAAGUACAGAGCCAGAUAAGGAAGCUGGCCGACUAAACAAUGCUGAGAAAAAAUACAAGGGCAGGCAGAGUGAGGGACUAGGCCAAAGGUAGUCACCCUGUGCCAACCAACCAAUGCCUGAAAGGGUUACUUGCUACACCAAUGAGAAUAAGCCAACUAGCCCUGUUGCCUAAAUCUGCCCCUUACAAGGUAUAAAAAGUGUGUUCUUGGUUUGUUCGGGGUCUCUGCUCUUGCCUGUGUGCUGAGGAGGGUCCCCAAGGCAUUGGAUCAAUAAAAAAAUCCUCUUGUGGUUU